AAUCCAAAAGUUUACUUGAGAAUGACAACAUUUUCUUCCCUGAUAGCAACCAAAUUAGCAAAUUUGGAAAAAACGCGUGUCCUGUUGAUCUUUAAUUAGUAUAAGUUACGUACAAUAUCCUAUUGAAUCGGAAACAAUAAACUCAAACUAUGAUGAUGGUUACUAGCAAAGCAUUCUCUUCACUUCAGUUUUUCACUCUUAUCUACCUCUUUACAGUUGCAUUUGCUUCCACUGAGGAAGCAAUUGCCCUCUUGAAAUGGGAAGGAACUUUGAAGAACCAGAAUAAUUCCUUAUUGGCUUCAUGGACGCCAAAUUCUAAUGCAUGCGAGGACUGGUAUGGAGUUGUAUGCUUUAAUGGUAGGGUAAACACAUUGAAUAUUACAAAUUACAGUGUCAUUGGUAAUUUGUAUGCUUUUCCGUUUUCAUCUCUCCCUUUUCUCGAGAAUCUUAAUCUUAGCAACAACAAUAUCUCUGGCACCAUUCCACCUGAGAUUGGUAAUCUCACAAAUCUUGUCUAUCUUGACUUGAACACCAAUCAGAUUUCAGGAACAAUUCCACCACAAAUCGGUUCACUAGCCAAGCUUCAGAUCAUCCGCAUAUUUAACAAUCAUUUAGAUGGCUUUAUUCCUAAAGAAAUAGGUUACCUAAGGUCUCUUACUAAGCUAUCUUUGGGUAUCAACUUUCUUAGUGGUUCCAUUCCUGCUUCGUUGGGGAAUCUGAACAACUUGUCUAGUUUGUAUCUUCACAAUAAUCAGCUUUCUGGCUCUAUUCAUGAAGAAAUAGGUUACCUAAGAUCUCUUAAUGUCCUAGAUUUGAGUGAGAAUGCUCUUAAUGGCUCUAUUCCUGCUUCAUUGGGGAAUCUGAACAACUUGUCUAGGUUGUAUCUUUACAAUAAUCAGCUUUCUGGCUCUAUUCCUGAAGAAAUAGGUUACUUGAGUUCUCUUACUUAUCUAUAUUUGAGUAAUAACUCUCUUAAUGGAUUUAUUCCUGCUUCGUUGGAGAAUCUGAACAACUUGUCUAGGUUGUAUCUUUACAAUAAUCAGCUUUCUGGCUCAAUUCCUGAAGAAAUAGGUUACUUGAGUUCUCUUACAUAUCUAUAUUUGGGUAAUAACUCUCUUAAUGGAUUUAUUCCUGCUUCAUUUGGCAAUAUGAGCAACUUGUCUUUUUUGCUUCUUAAUAAUAAUUACCUUUCUGGCUCUAUUCCUGCUUCAUUGGGGAAUCUGAACAACUUGUCUAUUUUGUAUCUUUACAAUAAUCAGCUUUCUGGCUCUAUUCCUGAAGAAAUAGGUUACCUAAGAUCUCUUACUUACCUAGAUUUGAGUGAGAAUGCUCUUAAUGGCUCUAUUCCUGCUUCAUUGGGGAAUCUGAACAACUUGUCUAGGUUGUAUCUUUACAAUAAUCAGCUUUCUGGCUCUAUUCCUGAAGAAAUAGGUUACUUGAGUUCUCUUACUUAUCUAUAUUUGAGUAAUAACUCUCUUAAUGGAUUUAUUCCUGCUUCGUUGGAGAAUCUGAACAACUUGUCUAGGUUGUAUCUUUACAAUAAUCAGCUUUCUGGCUCAAUUCCUGAAGAAAUAGGUUACUUGAGUUCUCUUACAUAUCUAUAUUUGGGUAAUAACUCUCUUAAUGGAUUUAUUCCUGCUUCAUUUGGCAAUAUGAGCAACUUGUCUUUUUUGCUUCUUAAUAAUAAUUACCUUUCUGGCUCUAUUCCUGCUUCAUUGGGGAAUCUGAACAACUUGUCUAUUUUGUAUCUUUACAAUAAUCAGCUUUCUGGCUCUAUUCCUGAAGAAAUAGGUUACCUAAGAUCUCUUACUUACCUAGAUUUGAGUGAGAAUGCUCUUAAUGGCUCUAUUCCUGCUUCAUUGGGGAAUCUGAACAACUUGUCUAGGUUGUAUCUUUACAAUAAUCAGCUUUCUGGCUCUAUUCCUGAAGAAAUAGGUUACUUGAGUUCUCUUACUUAUCUAUAUUUGGGUAAUAACUCUCUUAAUGGACUUAUUCCUGCUUCAUUUGGCAAUAUGAGAAAUCUGCAAGAUCUGUUUCUCAAUGAUAACAAUCUCAUUGGGGAAAUUCCUUCAUAUGUGUGCAAUUUGACAUCACUGGAAGUGUUGUAUAUGCCGAGAAACAAUUUGAAGGGAAAAGUUCCGCAAUGUUUGGGUAAUAUCAGUGACCUUCACGUUUUGUCGAUGUCAUCUAAUAGUUUCAGAGGAGAGCUCCCUUCAUCUAUUUCCAAUUUAACAUCACUACAAAUACUUGAUUUUGGCAGAAACAAUCUAGAGGGAGCAAUACCACAAUGUUUUGGCAAUAUUAGUAGCCUCCAGGUUUUUGAUAUGCAGAAUAACAAACUUUCUGGGACUCUUCCAACAAAUUUUAGCAUUGGAUGUUCACUGAUAAGUCUCAACUUGCAUGGCAAUGAACUAGAGGAUGAAAUCCCUCGGUCUUUGGACAAUUGCAAAAAGCUGCAAGUUCUUGAUUUAGGAGACAAUCAACUCAACGACACAUUUCCCAUGUGGUUGGGAACUUUGCCAGAGCUGAGAGUUUUAAGGUUGACAUCGAAUAAAUUGCAUGGACCUAUAAGAUCAUCAGGGGCUGAAAUCAUGUUUCCUGAUCUUCGAAUCAUAGAUCUUUCUCGCAAUGCAUUCUCGCAAGACUUACCAACGAGUCUAUUUGAACAUUUGAAAGGGAUGAGGACAGUUGAUAAAACAAUGGAGGAACCAAGUUAUGAAAGAUAUUACGAUGACUCGGUGGUAGUUGUGACAAAGGGAUUGGAGCUUGAAAUUGUGAGAAUUUUGUCUUUGUAUACAGUUAUCGAUCUUUCAAGCAACAAAUUUGAAGGACAUAUUCCUUCUGUCCUGGGAGAUCUCAUUGCGAUUCGUGUACUUAAUGUAUCUCAUAAUGCAUUGCAAGGCUAUAUACCAUCAUCUCUUGGAAGUUUAUCUAUAGUGGAAUCACUGGACCUUUCGUUUAACCAACUUUCGGGAGAGAUACCACAACAACUUGCUUCUCUUACGUUUCUUGAAUUCUUAAAUCUCUCCCACAAUUAUCUCCAAGGAUGCAUCCCUCAAGGACCUCAAUUCCGUACCUUUGAGAGCAAUUCAUAUGAAGGUAAUGAUGGAUUACGUGGAUAUCCAGUUUCAAAAGGUUGUGGCAAAGAUCCUGUGUCAGAGAAAAACUAUACAGUGUCUGAGCUAGAAGAUCAAGAAAGCAAUUCUGAAUUUUUCAAUGAUUUUUGGAAAGCAGCUCUGAUGGGCUAUGGCAGUGGACUGUGUAUUGGCAUAUCCAUAAUAUAUAUCUUGAUCUCGACUGGAAAUCUAAGAUGGCUUGCAAGAAUCAUUGAAGAACUGGAACACAAAAUUAUCGUGCAAAGGAGAAAGAAGCAGCGAGGUCAAAGAAAUUACAGAAGAAGAAAUAAUCGCUUCUAGACAAGUUACCAAUACAGAAAGAUUUGAUUUCAGAACUUCAGGUAUUCAAAUUUUCAGGUGCCAAGAAUAAAAAGAUGUUGGAGUAAUGGAUUCGGUUCUUCCUAUGUUGCAGCUUAUGAUUGUUGGAUUUGAUUUUUAGUUUUAUAAGCUUUUCUUCAGUUGGGAAAAUGUAAUAUUAUGAAUUUUGAUGAUAUACAAUAAAUGUUGUGUGUAUUGAAUGAUGUG